AUGGAUAGCUCGCAUCCCAACGAGGGCGGCAUCAUCCGCACGGCCUCAGGACGCGAGACAUACGCCCCUGAUGGCCACACUUCAAAUUAUACCGGGACACAACAAUAUGCGGCCGCAGGAGAGAACCAGGCGUCUCCAGCGACGUCGCGGACGUCAAGCGAAUCUUCCGUCUCCGGUCGAUUCGCCCCAGUGAAGACCGCAGGAGAUCAACAAGAUGGCCCUUCAGACUCAGACCUCACAACACCUACGUUGACAAGGCGGAAAACCCAAGGCACAAUCAACGAUGAAAACCGUAGUGAGCUACGCGAGCUCUACACUACACUUUCGCGGAAGCAGUCGACCAUGGCCAAUCCCGGCGAUCCCUCAGUCGACCCCGGAAACGAUGCAUUUCAGCUACCCAAAUUCCUGAAGAUGUUCAGGAAUCAGCUCGAGGAUGUCGGACACUCCAUGAUGCAAGUCGGCAUCGCAUACAAGAACCUGAAUGUAUACGGCAAGGGCGAAGCACUGCAAUUGCAAAAGACAGUCGGCAACAGCUUCAUGGUGCAAGACAUGUUCAAAGGAGGAAAGAAGCAGCACAAGCACAUCCUGCGCAAUUUCGAUGGCAUCGUCAAGAGUGGCGAGCUGCUUAUUGUGCUCGGCCGACCUGGCUCGGGAUGCAGUACGCUCCUCAAGACCAUGUGCGGCGAGUUGCAUGGGCUUGAGAUGGACGACAAGUCCGUUGUUCACUACAACGGCAUACCCCAGAAGGACAUGAUCAAGGAGUUCAAGGGAGAAGUGGCUUACAAUCAGGAGGUUGACAAGCACUUUCCCCAUCUCACAGUUGGCCAGACACUUGAAUUUGCGGCUGCUACACGGACACCAACUCUGCGUCCCAUGGGAAUGUCCCGCAAGGAAUUUGUUCAGUUCAUUGCACGUGUCGUCAUGGCCGUUGUCGGGCUUAGCCACACAUAUAACACCAAAGUUGGCAACGAUUUCAUUCGGGGUGUUUCUGGUGGUGAACGCAAACGCGUCAGUAUCGCAGAGAUGAUGCUCGCUGGUUCGCCGUUUGCCGCAUGGGAUAACAGUACCAGGGGUCUAGAUUCUGCCACCGCUUUCAAGUUCGUUAACACACUGCGACUCGCUUCGGAUUUCGGUGACAGUGCCGCUGCUGUGGCUAUCUACCAAGCCAGCCAGAGCAUCUACGACAUUUUCGACAAAGCAACUGUGCUUUAUGAGGGCCGUCAGAUUUACUUCGGCCCUGCCGAUGCCGCCAAAGCGUUCUUCGAACGCCAGGGCUGGUACUGCCCACCACGACAAACUACUGGAGACUUCCUCACCUCCGUGACCAACCCGCAAGAGCGCAAGGCAAGAGAGGGCAUGGAGAACAAGGUUCCUCUCGCACGCCCGACGAGUCAGAGCGCGGUACGGUUACGCGAGCAGAAGAAUCUCCAGCAAGCGAAGCGCGUCCGGCCUAAGUCGCCGAUCCUGAUCAGCAUCCCCAUGCAGGUCAAGCUCUGCACUGUCCGCGCUUAUCAGCGCAUCUGGGGUGACAUCUCGGCCACCGCUACCCAGGCAGGUCUCAAUGUCGUCAUGGCUCUCAUCGUCGGUUCUAUCUUCUUUGGUGCUGAAGACUCUUCGGCCAACUUCUUUUCGAAAGGCUCGGUUCUAUUCCUCGCUAUUCUGUUCAACGCUCUCACUGCUAUUGCCGAGAUCAACAGCCUCUACGCGCAGAGGCCGAUUGUCGAAAAACAUGCUAGUUACGCCUUUUACCAUCCUUUUGCGGAGGCCAUGGCCGGUAUCGUGGCUGAUAUACCCGUAAAGUUCGUCCAGGCUGUCUUCUUUAACAUCAUCCUCUACUUCAUGGCUGGACUACGAAGAGAACCUGCACAGUUCUUCCUGUACUUUCUCAUCACGUAUAUAUCGACUUUUGUCAUGUCCGCCGUCUUCCGAACGUUAGCAGCCUGCACCAAAACUGUUUCGCAAGCCAUGGCUCUUGCGGGAGUCUUGGUUCUCGCACUUGUGGUCUAUACUGGUUUCGUUAUCACAGUCCCAUCGAUGCAUCCAUGGUUCAGCUGGAUAAGAUGGAUCAAUCCGAUUUUCUAUGCAUUCGAAAUCUUGGUUGCCAACGAAUUCCACGGACGACAGUUUAUAUGUGCAGACUACGUCCCAUCGUACUUUCCUCUACAGGGCAACUCAUGGGUUUGUAACGCGGUGGGAGCUGUGGCGGGUCAGAAUACGGUUAGUGGUGAUGCAUUCAUCGCGACAAACUACGAGUACUAUUAUUCCCAUGUGUGGCGAAAUUUCGGCAUUCUCCUCGGUUUCCUGUUCUUCUUCAUGUUCAUCUACUUCGCAGCGGUUGAAUUGAAUUCCGCCACAUCGAGCAGCGCGGAAGUCCUUGUGUUCCAACGAGGCCAUGUUCCCGCAUAUAUGCAGAACGGCGGUAAGGAUUCACAGACCGAUGUAGAGAAGGGAACCUCCGGGAAUGUGAACGCAACCGCCCCUGAAUCGGACGUUAACGCCGUCGAGCCCCAGAAGGACAUCUUUACUUGGCGCGACGUGACCUACGAUAUCCAGAUCAAGGGUGGAGAGCGUAGGCUGCUCGACCAUGUUUCUGGUUAUGUAAGGCCAGGCACGCUCACUGCACUAAUGGGUGUCAGUGGUGCCGGAAAGACGACUCUGCUCGAUGUGCUCGCGCAACGAACUACCAUGGGAGUGGUUACCGGAGACAUGUUUGUCAAUGGAAAGCCAUUGGACGCAAGCUUCCAGCGUUCGACCGGUUACGUUCAACAGCAAGACCUUCACCUGGAAACCGCCACGGUCCGCGAGAGUCUUCGGUUUAGCGCUAUGCUCCGUCAACCAAAGACUGUGAGCAAGCAGGAAAAAUACGACUACGUGGAAGAGGUUAUCAAGAUGCUCAACAUGGAGGACUUCGCCAACGCAGUUGUCGGUGUACCGGGCCAAGGUUUGAACGUCGAGCAGCGUAAGCUACUUACCAUUGGAGUAGAGCUGGCAGCUAAGCCUAAGCUCCUUCUCUUCCUCGAUGAACCCACCAGUGGUCUUGACAGUCAGAGUUCAUGGGCAAUUUGCGCUUUCCUCCGAAAGCUCGCCGAUGCCGGUCAAGCCGUCCUUUGCACCAUCCAUCAGCCUUCCGCCAUUUUGUUCCAAGAGUUCGAUCGCCUGUUGUUCCUGGCUCGCGGCGGCAAAACGGUCUACUUUGGCGAAAUUGGCGAGAACUCCCGCAAGCUGCUGGACUACUAUGAGAACAACGGUGCCCGCAAGUGCGGAGACGAGGAGAACCCGGCUGAGUACAUGCUCGAGGUUGUCAACGCUGGGAAGAAUGACCAAGGCGAAGACUGGCAUGACGUAUGGAAGCGCAGCGACAUGCGACAGAUUGUUGAACAAGACAUUGAACGCAUCCAUGAGGACAAGAAGCACGAAGAAGUUGCCGGCUCCGAUGAUCCUACCGCCAAAUCCGAGUUUGCUAUGCCGUUCGGACAACAAGUGAGCGAAGUCACUUACCGUGUCUUCCAACAAUAUUGGCGCAUGCCUAGUUACGUUUUCGCCAAGUUCGGCCUCGGUAUUGCCGCUGGACUGUUUAUUGGUUUCAGUUUCUACAAGGCCAAUUCCUCUCAGGCUGGCAUGCAGAUUGUCCUGUUCUCUGCCUUCAUGCUCACAACCAUUUUUACCACGCUCGUACAACAGAUUCAACCGCUUUUUAUUACUCAACGAGAGUUGUACGAAGUCCGCGAACGCCCAAGCAAAGCGUACUCCUGGAAGGCUUUCAUGAUCGCCAACGUCAUUGUGGAACUUCCCUACCAGAUCAUGACCGGUAUCUUAAUCUGGGCCUGUUUCUACUAUCCAGUCGUGGGUGCCAACCAAAGCGGCCAGCGACAAGGUCUCGUGCUACUAUUCAGCAUGCAGCUACUCAUCUACGCCAGCUCCUUCGCCCAGAUGACCAUAGCGGCACUUCCUGAUGCGCAGACCGCCUCCGGAAUUGUCACACUGCUCACGUUCAUGAGCAUCCUGUUUAACGGUGUUCUCCAGCCUCCGUCCGCACUCCCUCGCUUCUGGAUCUUCAUGUACCGAGUCUCGCCCUUCACAUACUGGAUAGGCGGGAUGUGUUCGACCCUCCUGCACGGCCGCGAGGUCGUCUGCACUUCGACCGAAACCUCGCGCUUCAAUCCACCCUCCGGCCAAACCUGCCAAGCCUACCUUGCCGACUACCUCCAGACAGCUCCUGGUCUGCUUCAGAAUCCGGAUGCCACCAGCGACUGCAGGUACUGUCCUCUGCGCAACGGCGACCAGUUCCUGGCUGGCUCGAAUAUCUUCUACAGCGAGAGAUGGCGAAACUUUGGUAUCAUUUGGGCUUUUGUACUGUUUAACAUUUUCAUUGCGGUGCUGACAUACUGGGCGUUCCGCGUCGCAAAGUGGGGGGAAGGGAAGUAA